AUGUCACAAAGUGUUAAAGAGGAUGUCAACAAAGGACAUCACGUCAAGACUCAAACUGGGUUAUGGGAUAAAUUCUUAGACACUCGAAUUCGUCUGCAGAAAGCUGUCUCUAUUGCAAAUAGAAUACCUCAACCCUCAGUAUAUACAAAAUAUCUCGAACCAGAUCUCAAAAUGGAUAUACAAGAGACAAAGAAUGAAUUAAAAGAACUAAUGGAUUCUCUUAUAGAAUUAAGAAAGGAUUUAUGUAAUGAAAAUGAAGAUAUUAAAAUUAAUAAAAAUGUUGCUAAUAAUCAUAUGCAAGAAAUACAUGAUCUCUUUUUACCAUAUCGAACUCAAACAAUUGAAAAAUGGAGUAAUAAAGUUCAGAUAACAUCCGGAAUACCACUUAAUAAAAAAUUCAAAACUAUCAAUCAAGGUGUCAAUACACAAAUUGAGCAACUUUUAAAUGAUCGAGAAAGAUUAAUUAAGCGAACACAAUUAAAAAGAAAUUCGGAUAAAAUAUUCGGAAAGGAAAUAUUUGAUGAUUCGGAUUUUUAUCAACAAUUAUUACGUGAAUUUAUAGAAAGUCGAAUGAUUGAUACUGAUGAUUAUGCAAUAUCUGGUAUAUCUGGUUAG